AGUAUUCCGAAAGCGGAUCAUGUGACGUUUUGUAAUGUAAACAAACCGGUCACAAACUAUUAGAAGUUACUAGGAACAAUGAAACUCUUGAUUGCUAUUGUGUUGUUCGUUUACUCACUUGCACAGGGAGAAAGAUACACUCCAACAUGGGAAAGCAUUGAUGCAAGACCGCUGCCAUCGUGGUAUGAUGAAUCAAAACUCGGAAUCUUUGUUCACUGGGGUAUAUUUUCUGUUCCCAGUUUUUCUUCAGAAUGGUUUUGGCAUGACUGGAAAAUGUCAAAACUUCCGGGAAUUGAACAGUUCAUGCAAGAAAAUUACAAACCAGGUUUUACAUAUCCAGAUUUUGCAAAGGACUUUUCAACAGAAUUUUUCUUUGCCGAUCAAUGGGCAAGAAUAUUCAAUUCAUCAGGUGCCAGAUAUGUUGUAUUUGUGAGUAAACAUCAUGAGGGAUAUUCAAACUAUCCCUCCAAAUAUUCCUUUAGUUGGAACUCCAUGGAUGUUGGACCUCAGAGGGACAUUGUUGGUGAGCUUGCAGACGCUGUGCGCAGUGGAACUAACAUGCAUUUUGGUCUUUACCACUCACAAUAUGAAUGGUUCAAUCCCCUCUGGCAGAACGACAAGGCAGAUAACUUCACCACACAAGACUUUGUGAAAUACAAGACAUUGCCCGAGUGGUAUGAAAUAGUGAACAAGUAUCAGCCUGACAUUAUUUGGUCAGAUGGUGACUGGGAGGCCACUGAUGACUACUGGCAGGCCAAAGAGUUUAUUGCCUGGUUGUAUAAUGAUAGUCCAGUGAAAGAUAAGAUAGUGAUCAAUGACCGAUGGGGAAAUGGUAUCGGUUGUCGACAUGGUGGUUUCUAUACAUGUGGUGACAGGUAUAAUCCUGGUAUGACUCAUCAUUGUUUACUAUUCGCCUUAUUUUUGUUUACAUACCCAGCUUUUCUUAUGUCAUUUGGUCCACAUUUAAAAGGGAGAAAAGCCAUGACCAUAGACAAAUAUUCCCUUGGGUGGUACCCACGAAAUUUCCCCGGGUUCUUUUUUUUUCUCUCCAUUUGGAAAUCUCUUGUUUCUCCCUGCAGCUGCGGUGGUAAUAUGUUACUGAAUGUCGGUCCUCGUAAGGAUGGUAUAAUCGACCCACUUAUGCAAGAGAGGUUACAGCAGAUGGGAGAAUGGAUGAAUCUAAAUGGAGAGGCAAUAUAUGGUACCCGGCCCUGGACAUACCAGAAUGAUUCAGUCAACCCAGAUGUUUGGUAUACAAACAAAACAACAAAUGGCGUAACUGUUGUCUACGCGAUUUCACUAGUAUGGCCAAAUAAUGGUUCCCUGCAUAUUGCAUCUCCAUUUCCGUCAGUAUCAACCACAGUUGUUUCCCUACUCGGCUACGAGAACAAGCUAAGCUGGAGCCUGGCUUAUCCAAAGGGAAUGAUAAUAGAACUACCAAAGUUAGCUCCAAGCCAGGUACCAGGCCAGUGGGCGUGGGUGUUUAAACUGGAGGGACUCAUCAAGGAGGAGCGGAAGGAACCAUUCAGGAUGCCGAAGUUUAACGUCAACAAACCUCCACAUCCACAUUACUACCCUGACGUCACCUAUAAUUAACUUGUGUGGAAGUUGUUUGAUAAAUUUGUACUGAAGUUGUUAAUUUAUGUGCUCAAAAUAUGAUUAAAUAAAUUGUUACUUUAG